CAGCGUGAGUGUAAGAUCUAGAUAUAAUUUGUUUUGCGAUCGAAACAAAGUAAUUUUUGUGAUUAGAGGCUCGAUAAUAUUGUAAUUUGGCAAGUUUUUUAUUCUGAAACAACAUAAGCGUUGAAACGUAUUUCUGCAAGUUGAUACAGAAAAAGAUUCCAACGAGUCCACAGGAAGAGAUUCGGCGGACUGCAUUAUAUUCAUGUUUUCAGAGAAGCAGAGUCAAAGCGAUAUUCUUCUCAGUAAAAGACUGUCCUAUCUGUUACGCCAUGGUGCUACAAAGGAAGGAUUAGAUAUUAAACCAAAUGGCUUUAUUGCAGUUGAUGAACUAUUAAAUAAAUCGUUGUCCCAACAUAAUAUUGAUGAUAUCAAGAGAGUAGUAAAGCAUAAUAACAAACAAAGAUUCACUCUAUGUACCAUUAAUGGUAUUUUAGAGAUUAAAGCAAACCAGGGCCAUUCCAUAUCCAAGAUCACUGAACUAAACUUGAAAAUACUUGAUUGUGUGAAAUUUGAUGUAAUACAUGGAACUUAUUUCAAAUAUUGGACGAAGAUAAAAGCUGAAGGUCUAUCUCGUAUGAAUAGAAAUCAUAUUCAUUUUGCAAAGGGAUUAAACUUUAUCAACGGCUUACGGCAAGGCGCAGAACUAUUUAUUUAUAUCCACUUUGAUAAGGCAAAGAAAGAUGACUUAAUAUUUUUAGAAUCUGAAAAUGGUGUUGUUCUCUGUGCUGGAAAUUCAAAAGGAUUUAUUGAAAAAAAAUAUUUUCUAAAAGUGAUCACAAAACAUGGUCAAGCACUGAAUUUUGACUGAAUUUUUUUAUUUUUUCACUAUA